AUGGAGGAAGAAGCAGAAGCCCCGACACGACUUGAGCCGCUCAACGAAACACGCGGCGGUCUCGUCAUCAAACGAAAAGCCGAUGAUGCUGGCGGCAGCUCUUCCAAGAAGGAGAAGAGCCACCUUGGCCUCGACAAGUUGGCAGACGAGCGGCGCCGGGACAAUCGUACGCGCGAGAACGAGACGCCCGGGCACCUCUCGGACAGCGUGCGCCACAAGAUUGACGAAGAACGAGACAGACGGGAUCGAGAUCGGGACCGCGAUGGUGGCCAUGAUCGUGAUCGUGAUCGGAAUCGUGAUCGCCGGCGCGGUGAUUGGGACAGCCGGGACCGAUCUGAUCGGUCGGAUCGCAACCGCGGCUCGCGGCACGUCGAAACGCCAGCUUUUUUGGUGCCAGAAUCCCCUAAUCGCGGCUGGGACGACGAUGAGUUGACUCGCUCUUCCCCACGCACGCGCUCCGAUUGGGACACACCCACCCCGGGCGGCCACACCAGUCGUCGCGUAUCAACGGAGAAGCUGCAUAACAUGUACGAGAGUGACCGCCGGCGCCGCGACGAACGCUACCGAAAAGGCGGCCGCGUCGACGACUCGGUGCGCUCGGUGAAGGACGGACCGCAGGAGCCGCAAUUCCAAGACGACGAUGAGCGCCGAGAAUGGGAGCGUGAGCAGAAGCAGCUCGACCGCGAGUGGUACGAGAACGACGGGGCUUUCGACGACGAGUACAAUCCGUUUGCAAAGGUCUCUGAGGACUACGUGAACAAGAAGGAGAAGCAGUGGCACGACAAGUCGGACAAGCCGAUCAAAAAGAAGCUCUCGCUGCGCCAACAGCAAAUCAAGCGCGAGAAUGAGAUGUGGGAGAACAAUCGGCUGAAUCGAUCGGGCAUCAUCAACGUGAAUCCGGACCAGGACUUUGAAGACGACGAAUCGGACGCCGACCGUGUCAACCUGCUCGUCCACAACGUCAUCCCGCCCUUCCUCGACGGGCGCAUGGUGUUCACCAAGCAGGCGAAACCCGUGCUCCCCGUCGUCGACACCACCUGCGAUAUGGCCGUGGCGGCCGUGAAGGGCAGCAAAGUCGUCCGUGAGCAUCGAGCCGAGGAGGAGCGUCGCAAGGCCCAAGACAAGUUCGAGCUGGCCGGAACGAGCCUCGGAAACAUCUUGGGCAUGGCGCAGAAGCCCGACGAUGCCGAGGCCCCGGACGGCGAUGAGAAGGAUUUCAAGCAAUCCCACCAGUUCGCGUCUGUAAUGGGCGAGUCCGAGGCCGUCUCUGAGUUUUCGAUGGAAAAGUCGAUCAAGGAACAACGCGAAUACCUACCCGUGUUUGCCUGCCGUCAGAAGAUGAUGUCGGUGAUCCGCGAGAACAACGUGGUCAUCAUCGUGGGCGAGACGGGCUCCGGGAAAACGACGCAACUGGCGCAGUAUCUCUACGAGGAGGGCUACGCGGAGCGCGGCAUGAUCGGCUGCACCCAGCCGAGACGUGUCGCCGCGAUGAGUGUUGCGAAGCGUGUGGCCGACGAGAUGGGCGUGGAGCUGGGCCAGGAAUGCGGGUACGCCAUCCGUUUCGAAGACUGCACCUCCGAAAAGACGGUCAUCAAGUAUAUGACGGACGGUAUUUUACUCAGGGAGUGCCUCGGCGACUCGGAACUCGACCAAUACGCGGCGAUCAUCAUGGACGAGGCCCACGAACGUUCGCUCAACACUGACGUGCUGUUCGGCCUGCUGCGUGACGUGGUGGCGCGCCGGAGCGAGCUGAAGUUGAUCGUCACCUCGGCUACUAUGGAUGCGGAAAAGUUCGCCAACUUCUUUGGCGGCAUGACGCCGACGUUCAACAUCCCUGGCCGGACAUUCCCCGUCCAAAUUAUGCACUCUCGAUGCGGCGUCGAUGACUAUGUGGACGCGGCUGUCAAGCAGUGCAUCACCAUCCACCUCGGCGGCCUCGACGGCGACAUCCUGAUCUUCAUGCCCGGCCAGGAAGAUAUCGAGGUAUCCGCUUCACUGAUUCGGCAGCGGCUAGAAGCCCUCGACGAAGCCCCACCCCUGGCCGUGCUCCCCAUCUACUCGCAGCUGCCCAGCGAUCUGCAGGCCAAGAUCUUUCAGCGUGCCGCUGGCGGCAUGCGCAAGGUGAUCGUGGCCACGAACAUUGCCGAGACGUCGCUGACCGUCGACGGUAUCCUGUUCGUCAUCGACCCGGGCUUCUGCAAGAUGAAGGUGUACAACCCGAGGAUCGGUAUGGACGCCCUACAGGUGUUCCCCAUCUCGCAAGCGUCGGCCAACCAACGUUCCGGACGUGCCGGUCGCACGGGCCCCGGGCAGUGCUUCCGCCUCUACACUGAACGGCAGUUCAAGGACGAGCUGCUGGUCGCCACGGUGCCCGAAAUCCAGCGCACCAACCUAUCCAACGUGGUGUUGCUGCUGAAGUCGCUGCACGUCGAGGACCUGCUGAAGUUCCACUUUAUGGACCCGCCGCCGCAGGACAACAUGCUCAAUUCGAUGUACCAGCUGUGGACGCUGGGCGCGCUCGACAACACGGGCCAGCUGACGGAUCUUGGAAGAAAAAUGGUCGAAUUCCCGCUGGACCCGACGCUGGCCAAGAUGGUGAUCAUGUCCGAGGAGAUGGGCUGCAGCGAGGAGGUGCUGACGAUCGUCUCCAUGCUCUCCGUGCCCGCGAUCUUCUUCCGGCCCAAGGGCAAGGAGGACGAGGCCGACAUGAAGAAGGAGAAGUUCCAGGUCCCCGAGUCCGACCACUUGACCUUCCUGAACGUCUACGUCCAGUGGAAGCAGCACAAGUACUCGUCAAAGUGGUGCGUCGACAACUACGUCCACGCAAAGGCCAUGAAGAAGGUACGCGAGGUGCGCGCCCAGCUGAAGGAGAUCAUCGAGCAGCAGAAGAUGAAGCUGAUCAGCACCGGCCACGAGUGGGACAUCAUCCGGAAGUGCGUCUGCUCGGCGUAUUUCCACAAUGCGGCUCGGCUGAAGGGUAUCGGAGAGUACGUCAACAUUCGCACGGGUAUCCCGUGCUUCCUGCAUCCGACUUCCGCCCUCUUUGGCAUGGGCUUCAUGCCGGAUUAUGUGGUCUACCACGAGAUCAUCAUGACCACCAAGGAGUACAUGCAGUGCGUGACGGCCGUCGACCCGGUGUGGCUGGCCGAGCUGGGCCCCAUGUUCUACUCGGUCAAGGAGUCCAGGCAAACCCACUUUGAGAAGCGCCAGGAAAGCGUGCGCAACCUGGCCACCAUGGAGCGCCAGAUGAAGGAGGCGCAGGUCGAGAUGGACAAACGCAAGGUGGAGAGCGAGCGCGUCUUCAAGCACCCGGGCAGCAUCAAGAUGGCCGACGUCGGUCGCAGCGUGCGCAGCGCCCGUCGAUUCGGAAUUGGGCCCAAAAAUGAAAUGUCGGUGAUAAUCAGCGUGCUCGCCCGGUCGCGCCAUCAACUACACGUUUUUCGGCGACACGCCUCCUACGUUGAGCGCAAGAAAAACUAUUAUGAGAUCCUCGGCGUAGACCGGAAGGCCAGCCAUGAGGACAUCAAGAAGGCGUUUGUGAAACGAACACAGGAGCUCCAUCCAGACUCUGCCUCGGGCUCCUCGACCCCCACGGAUUCGCGCGUCGGCUGGAGUCGAAGAUCGCAGACCGAGCAGUUCAUGGAUGUGAAGGAUGCUUACGACACGCUGCGAAAAGCGGACAAGCGCCGCGCCUACGACAAGACGUACUUCCUGUCUGAGCAAGAGGGGUAUCUACACCAAGCUUCCGUGUCCCGUGCUGCUGCCAACGACCAAACGAUACGCGCGAUGAAUCGGGUGUCCAAUUCGGCGAGUGCGAUGCGAGCGCAAAUGAGCCCCCACUCCCAAGGCCACUUCAUCAACCCGGAGGAGGAGCUGCGACGCGAGAAGAGCAAGGACCGUGGCCUCUACCUGAUCGGCUCGCUGUUUCUGCUGGUCGUCCUGCUCAACAUCCUCUACGUGCGCAACAUGAAAUCGUCCAGGGUAAAGUCUUAC